UGUAAAAUUCACGACCAUAAUAAAAGUUAUGUUAUAAUAGAAAGCAACAUCAAUUUGUCCAAUUUUUAUUGAUUUUGUAUAGAUAAAGAUGGCUUUUUAUUCCUGCAAUCGUUAUAGGUUAAUAGUUUUAAUACUUAUAAUUUUAAUUAUAUGGCAAUGUAUCCGGUUAUUGCCUAAAACUGAAACUGAACAGACCAAGACUAAUAUAGAGGAACUAGAAGAUGAUAAGUAUAAUAAACACAAGCAGGACAAAGUGAAAGUUAGGGUUUAUUAUGAGGCUUUGUGUCCUGACUCUAAACAUUUUUUUAUUCGACAUUUAAGCCCUGUGACAGAAAAACUAUCAGACUUUGUAGAUGUAACUUUAAUUCCAUAUGGUAAAGCAACAACAAAGGAAGAAAAUGGUAAUUAUUUUUUUAAAUGCCAACAUGGUGAAGAGGAAUGUUAUGCAAAUAAAAUACAUGCAUGUUCCAUUCAAGCAGUUAGCAACAUGACUACAGCUGUAAAAAUUACAGAUUGCAUGAUUACUGAUAAUCAGGAUGCUGAUGCUGCUCUUUUACGGUGUGCAAAACAAAUGAAGAUCAAUCCAGGACCCAUCAGCAAUUGUGCCAACAGUGAACAGGGCUCAGCAUUGCUGAAAAAAUAUGGCGAUGAUACACACCUACUAAAACCAACAUUUAUACCAACUGUAAUUUUAAAUGGUUCAAAGGACAAUCAAGCUGCUAUAUUGAAAAAUUUCCUUCUUGAAGUUUGUAAAUUAAUUAAUAUGCCACUUCCUCCUCCAUGUUUGUGACAAAUUUUAUACUAUAGAAAAAAUAAACAAGUGCAUUUGAAUACAUUAUAAGGAGUAUUCAUAUUUGUGUCAACAGAAACUUGUACAUAUGUAAUAAAGCUCAAAUAUAAUAUAUUGCUCAUUUUUUAGGUUUCAAUAUGAUAAUCUGUGUACACAUAUUUCCAUGUAUGUCAAAAAUAUAGUUAUUUUGUGUCCUAAGCAAGUGCAAAUCACUGCCUGUAAACAUGGAAGAAUUAUAUUGAAUAAAUUUUAGACAGUUGGAAAACAUACUAUACUGACCCAUUUUUUAUAUACAUGUAAAGUAUACCACUUGUAGAGUGCUUUUGUUCUCUACAUUUCACCUCAUGAAUUUGAGUCAGUUUCUAUUUAAUUGUUUUAUAAGUUUUCAAAGUUUAAUUUACAAGCUUUAUGAAGUGAAUUUAAGUAAAAAAGUGAUUCAGUGUAUAUGUACGAAAUUAUAAAAGUUUGAUCAGUCUUUAUGACCAACCUUAAAGUCAUAGCUUUUUUGCAUAUAAGCUACAUGAAAUUAUUAAGUCACAAAACCAAAAUUAUUAUAGUAUUCCAUAAAUUUAGAGGUUGAUUACUGAUUAUAAAUUAAUAGUUACCUAUUAACUAAUUUAAUUAAUAUUUUAUUUGUAUGUUGUGAACUAUUUUGUGAAUUAUUUUAGGAAUGUAAUACAUUGUACUGCAGUAAAUAUUAUGUUCUCACUAUAGGUAGUUGCUCAUUUAGAUAUAAACAUACUAGUAGAAUACUAUGAUAUUUUAAAAAUUCAACGAAAUAUGAAAUUGACUUGUACAAUAUUUUUUUAUAUUUAGUGAUUUUGGUUGUGGAUUUUAACUAAAUAAUUUGUAGUUAUUAAUAUUACGUCUUUGUGCAAUAUAUUGAAAUGAUCAAAUUUAAAGAAUUUUUAUAGUAAUAUCGAGAAGUCUAUAAAAAAGGCACUGAGGCAGAGUAUUUUGCAGAGGCAUUUUCCAUACUCUCACAAUGUGUUUACAGUACAGUUUUAAAUGUAAUGUACUGAUCUAAUUAAAUGUCGAUAGAUACAAGUUACAUUUUGUUUUUCAUAAGAAAAUGUGUCUUAUUCUGUUAUAAAAUAAAAUGGUUGGUAUAUUUAUUCACGUUCUGAUGUUUCCUUAUUUUGUGUUUUAAAUAUGUAUUGCGCAAUGUUAUGUGCAAGUGAGUGUGUAAUGUUAUGCUUGUUGUAAUUAUUAUAUACUACACAAGUAACGUGAUAUAUUUUCUUGCCUCGAAUAGUAUGUAUGUAUG